ACAUUGAAGGGGUAUACUUUUCUAUACUUUCAACAAUAACACAAAAUAAAAUUGAAAGUAAUAUAGAACGGGUAGUUAUCACACUCAAUAAGAAAGGUUUAAAUAAGCCUUUGACAUUUUUUGAUACCUGAUGGCUUUGUUUUCUGAUUGGAAGAAGCUCUCUACUAUCGCAAAUGAUUCUUUGAGAGUUGUAAAGCAACUUAUGAUCACUGUGGGACUGAUUAUUUUCUCAAUAGUCUUUGCCGUUUUUGUCGUGGUUUGCACUCCCCUUGUUGUUAGCGUUUUUAGUGACUUUGCCCCAGACCUUUGGAAUAGGGGGACGCCAGUAUUCAAAAUUUUACUUCAAAAUGAAACCCUCUCCGUGCUAAACCUGUCAAAUAUGGCUUUCAUCGCCGUAUUUAUUGUUCUCAUUUCAACAUUGGUGAUUCUUGACAGAUUACUCAUUGAGAUAAAAGAUAUGCUACGGAAGAAAUCGAAGGCCCCUGCACAACAUGUUAUAAAUUAUUACAACCCCAUGGAUGCAAAAGAUGCAGCGAGAAUCAUUACGUCGAAAAAGCGUCGAAAGUUGUAGUCUCGUUAUAAUCACAAGGGAUAGGCAAAAAAGUGAUACGUGAAGCAAAAGAGGAGAAUUGUCAAGCUUGCCUGUGCUUCUACACAAAUGUCCCUUCAUGUUUAAGUUUAAACAGUAGACAGAGAAAUAUUAUUGGAGAAAUAUAUGCACUCUAUGACGAUCUAUCAUCUGUUCUGAAUAUUGUAAAAGGGAUUAUCCCUAAUUCAAGUUACCCAUAGUAUUGGAGAAAGUCUGUGUUGUUUGCAUUCUAUGUGAUUGUACUUAUUUCCUCACAUUAGA